UUCCUUGUGUAGUUCCUGCAUUCCAAGCAUCAUGCCGCCUAAAGCAAGUGGUAAAGCCGUAAAAAAGGCCGGAAAGGCCCAGAAAAAUAUUACGAAGACUGACAAGAAGAAGAAGCGCAAGAGGAAGGAGAGUUACGCUAUCUACAUCUACAAGGUCUUGAAACAAGUUCAUCCCGAUACUGGAGUUUCAAGCAAAGCCAUGAGCAUCAUGAAUUCGUUCGUCAACGAUAUUUUCGAACGCAUCGCUGCUGAAGCAUCGAGACUCGCUCACUACAACAAGCGCUCUACUAUCACGUCUCGGGAGAUUCAAACUGCUGUACGUCUUCUCCUCCCUGGUGAGCUGGCAAAACACGCUGUUUCUGAAGGCACCAAGGCUGUCACCAAGUACACCAGCUCGAAGUAAAGUGGAAUUUUACAAAAUCAAUCGGCCCUUUUCAGGGCCACAAAAUAUUUACAACGUAGAUGCUUUAAUAAACGCAUUCAUAUUAGUUAACCAUCGUUUCCAAUGGGAUUUUCUGAUCAACCAAUUUCAGUAGUAAAUUUUAUUAAGAUGAAUAAAAACUAGUGAUGUUUUAAUCUAAAGCAACAACUGAUCUACGUUUCAAAUCACUUCAAAAUAAGUUGAAGUUGGGAAUUUCAAUAUAUGAAAUAACUAAAGAUAAACUACUGAAUUGAGCUGCAUUGGAAAACGAGAAUUUUUUAAUAAAAAUUGAGAAGAGUAAUAAAAGGAGAACAAUAGAAUAUACAACUAUCGAAAUCUCAUUGGUUAAGUAGUAACCUAUUUUUUUUGCGAUUAUUUUAAAAAUAAAAUGUUAAUUGCUAAUUAUUUCUUGAAAGGUAUUGAUGUAUUUUUGUGUAAAUAUACUUCACUCUUAAAAUGUGGAUUCUACAGAAUUCGAUAUAUAGGUAGCUAUGAAGUCACGUGAUUUGUAACACUGUACCUAUUAUGGAUCGAUGACUGGACACGAAUAUAAUAACAAAAAAGACAUUGCUUAUGGCGUCUCGGGUUUUUAAUAAAUUUUAUUCAAUAGUUUAAUUUAUUUUCUUCGCAAAAAUAGAGUAAAUGAGAGUCUCUUGUUUCUCAAUAUACUGUGUUCGGUUGAGGCUGUUUGAGGUUAGAAUGGGUUUGGCGUUGUAUAUAUACUAAUCUACUAAAAAUUCGAUUCUUAAAAUUCUUUUUUAUGUAAACAUUUUUUAUUUUAAAUGAAAAUAAUGCACCAAGGUAUUCGGAUCGAUGGAUAAAAUGUUAUAUUGUUUUGGUGUGAAGACUAGAAUAUUUAAUUACUAAAUAAUUACUAUCAACAAAAAUAAAAUGUUUU